AUGGACAUUCAGUCUAAGUUACCUUUCAACAUCAUCAGUAAGAUUAUCUUUUACAUUCCAAAGGACAAAGUCUGGCUUUUGACGUUAUCCCCCUUUGCUUCGAUUUCCUGCUGUGCUUAUUCAGGUCUAUUCGAGAACUUGGUGGUUCUUGAAGAAACAGAUGGAGCAGAUCGACAGCCUAAGUAUGGUCUUCGUCUGUCAAUUAUCAAACUCAGAGCAUUCUACUGUCGUUUGAGGGUUGAAGAUAUCAUCAGCAAUGUUCAAACGUUUAGAAAUCAUUUCAAUUCAACAAAAGAGCUAGAUUUGGUCUUUCGUGGUUCAAAUAAUAAUUUUGGAUUUCGGUUCUUUCAAUUGAUCGAAAAUGAGCAAAUACUCUUUUCGAAUUUAUCUGUUUUAUAUUUUACUUCUUUAGCAGAUCUUGGUCCAAAGAUAGCGAGAAAGAUUUUAAACCACUCUGUUCUACAGAAUCAACUUGUUCAUCAGUUGAGCAAAGUAUCAUUGACUUCAAUUACAGAGUUCAAGCAUGUAAAACUUUUUGAGAAAAUGUAUAAAAACAUGAACAGUAUUUUAUUUUACAAUUCAGAUCUAACUGAGUUUCCUGAAAGCUCCAACAGAAAUCUCUCUCUAUUGAAAAGGUUGAGUUUUUUUAAUGUUUCUAAAUUCCCAAAAUCAUUGGGUUUUUGGUUGGCAUUGGUGAGUUUAGAAUCUCUUACAUUCAAAAGUUGUAAUUUAACGAAAUUGCCAGAAUUGAAUUUCUUAAACAAAUUAAAUUAUCUUAGAGUUACUGGAAAUCAUUUUGAUUUUCAAAAAUUUGAAAAAUUAGUUAAUUUAGAAUAUUUAUUGCUUGAAGCGUUUGCUUUUGAUUACAAAACUGUAACUUUUGAAGUUGGCUCAUUAGAAAAUUUUAAAAGGCUAAAACAUUUACAGAUUAAUAGAUAUGAUUUGGACAAAAUACCAAAAUUUUUCAAUAAUUUUAUUGACUUGGAAUAUCUAAAUUUAGCCCAUAACGAGAUCCCAAAAAUUGAUAAUAUUAACAACUUAACCAAACUCAAAUAUUUAAACAUAUCAGCAAAUUGUCUUUAUUUAAUUGAAAAUUUGGAAGACUUGAAAAACUUGGAGGUCUUAGAUUUGUCAUAUAAUGGGAUCAGCGAAAUUAAAAUAAAUAAUGAUUUAAAAAACAUAAAAAUUCUAAAUUUAAGCCAAAUUAACUUUGCCAAAACAGAAACGCCUCUGCUUUCAAAGUAUUUUAGCAAUUUAGAACAGUUAAAAUAUGUUUAUAAUAAUUGUUUUAAUUUUGAAGAAAUAAAACUAUUGAAAAACUUGAGAGAUUUGAACGUUAAAUUUAUGAGGAAAAAUGUAAAUUUAAAAAAAGAGAAUUUUCAAGGAGUUGAGAAAUUGGAGAGAUUGAAUCUACUGUUUAGUAAAAUUGCAGAUGCAUCAUUUUUGGAAAAUAUCCCUAAAACUUUGAAAUAUUUAAAUUUAUCACAUAACGAAAUCGAGGAAAUUUACUUUGAUAUUGAAUCUGAAGAUAAAAACAGCAGUGAAGAUGACAGCAAAGAAAGUAAUAAGAAGGUUGUCUUUUACUUGGAAAAUUUAGAUUUAUCAUUCAAUAAAAUCUAUCACUGGUGGAGUUUAAAUUUAAUUGAUUUUCCAAAUCUAAAAGUCUUAGAUUUAAACAAUAAUGAUUUUCAAGAAUUCAAAGUGGAUGAAGUAAAUUUUUUAGAAAACUUGGAAACAUUGGAUUUAUCGUACAACUGUUUUGGAGAAGUUGAUAUAAAAUUUGGAGAUUUAAAGAAAUUAAAAAAUUUGUAUUGUUUCAGAGAUCAAAAAAUUGAUCUUGAUGCUUUAAGAAAAACAAAAAUCCUAAAGGAUGGAGACAGCAAUGAAAUUUCGAAUGAAAACAAGAAAGAGAAAGAAAAGGAAAAGGAAAAGGAAAAGGAAAAGGAAAAGGAAAAGGAAAAGGAAAAGGAAAAGGAAAUAGUUGAAAUUGUUGAAAUAGAGAAUAGUUGUAAUGAUAAUAAGCAAAAACAAAAAGAGAAUUUAUGCUCAUCUGCUAACAAACACCCCACUGAUGAUUGCAAAAAUGAGAUAGAAGAAGCAGCAAAAAAAAGAAAAUUGAAUUAG